AUGACUUCAAAUAAUUUACAGGUUAAUAAUAAACGUUCACAUAAACAUUUGAAAUACAUUCCAUGGGAGCCAAAUCGAGCAGCUGUAUCAAGACUAGAACAAACAAAAUAUAUUCAUUCACCAACAACACCUGAACAAUCUCUCUCAACACAAUUAUAUCGAUAUCAAAAUAAUAGUAAAUCUCCAUCACCAACGACUGUGAUCGGAAAUAAAAUUAAACCAACAGCCACUGUUGAACCAUUCCAAGCAUCAAUUAAUUUUGAUGAAAUUCUUUAUGGCAUGAGACCUGUAAGUCCAAUUACUCAUCCAUCUCAAGAUCUUAAUUUCUCAAGUGAUUAUCAAGAAGUUAAAAAUGAAUUAGAACGUACUCAAGAAGAAAAUGCUGGUCUUAAACAACAACUCGAAAUCCAAACUCAAGUUAAUAGUGAACUCAAAAAAUUACUUGUAGCAUCAGUAGGUACUGAUUUUCAAUAUCGAUUAGAACGACUUCUUCGUGAUAAAUCUCGUUAUGAAAUUGAAAUUCAAAUAUUAACGUCAAAAAUAAAUGAUUUACUUGAAGAAAUUGAAAAACUUACUAUUCAAUGUGAUAUUCAUCAAAGUAAAUCAGCAGCAAGCCGAGUACUUAUUGAUGAACUUGGUAUGCAUAAAAGUUUAUUAGGUGUGCAAUAUAAUGAUUGUUCAAAUGUUAUACAACGUUUACUUGGUGAACGUUCAAAAAUAGCCAAAGAACUAAUUCAAACUCAUAGUUGUUUAUCAUUAUUAAAUGAAUUAGCAUUAAAUAAUACUCGAAAACAUCUAUCAAUAUCACCUAAAUUUGAUUUAAUUCAACUUUCAUCCUAUAUACAAACAUUAGCAACAUCACUUUAUACUUAUUUGAAACAAACUAUAUUUCAUCAAAAAACAAAUCAACGACAAUUAAGUAUACAACUUGAAUUAACUGAAACUGAAAAUUGUGCACUUGAAAUUUUACAAAGUCAUACAUUGACAUCAUCAUUACAAACAUCAAAUAAUUCAAUUGAAAAAAAUUUUGAUAAUAUUGAACAAUUAGAAUCAAUGAUUAAUCGUUUAAAAUUAGUUAGCCAGAAAAAAUCACAUGAACGUUUUCAUCCAACAACACGUUAUGAAAAUUUAACAUUGAAUUGUUGUCGUGAUUGUGCGGGGGAUAUUUAUAUUGUUUAA